AUGGCCUUCAACCUCAACCGCCUCCGCGACUUCAUCCCAAAAGACCUACCCCGCCUGCCCACCUGGCCAGCACAAGACAGCGAAGAUGGAGAUAGCAGACCCGUCACCGCCGGCAGCGUCGACACAGAUGCGGUGGAGCACAGUGGACCGAUCACAAUGGAACCCGCAGACCCAAUCCCGAUCUCCAGCGGGCCCAAAAGCAAUCUCGAUCUGAUUAAUGAAUGCGAUAACUUUCCCUACUACAACACUGAUCCAAAGCUCUUCUCUGCACACAUAAACACAUACUACGCGCUGUAUGUGCGACAGUUUCCAGAGACGGAGCUGGGAUAUGUGCUGCCUAGUGUUGCGGAAGUCUUCAGAGGACUGCCGGAUUGGAAGAUCGAUGAUGGAGAGAGGAGUCUGACACUCAUGACUGGGGAAACGGAGGAAGAGAGGAGUCAAGUCGUGGAAGCAACGAUCAAAGCAAUGCACGCAACAGGCCAUUUCAAAGUGCUGAGCAAAUGGCGGGACGAGCUAUAUCCCGUCUACGGACCGCAAGGACAACUCCUGUUCAACAUGGAGCGGAGCGCGAGCGCAUUGUUUGGAAUUGUGACGUAUGGAUGCCAUAUGACAGCAUAUGUGAGAACAGUGGUGAACAAUACAGACUCGCCGGAAGAUACUGAGGAGAUGAAGAUCUGGGUUCCGAGGCGGGCGGCUGAUAAGCAGACCUAUGGAGGCAUGUUGGACAACACUGUGGCUGGAGGCAUUGCAAGUGGAGAGAGUCCGUUUGAGAGCAUAGUGAGGGAAUCCGCGGAGGAGGCUUCAUUGCCGGAGGAACUGGUGAGACGGUAUGCCAAGGCUGUGGGCAUGGUGUCGUACUUCCAUAUCCGGGACCACAGAGCUGGUGGAGAGAUACGUUUGCUGCAGCCGGAGGUGCAAUACGUGUAUGAUUUGCAGCUGAGUGAGGAUGUGGUUCCGAAGCCGUCAGACGAUGAAGUGGAGGGAUUCGAGCUGAUGACCAUUGACGAAGUGAAGCAGGCGUUGAGGAAUGGCGAGUUCAAGCCAAACUGUUCGCUAGUUCUGCUGGACUUCUUCGUGAGGCAUGGCAUCUUGACACCAGAAACCGACGCGAGUUACAUCGAUAUUGUUGCGAGAUUGCAUCGGAAGCUGGACUUUCCUGUGCAGAUACGAACGCCUUGA